AUGGGCUUCAAGGUGAUCAUCGUUGGCGGCAGUGUUGCUGGCCUUACCUUGGCGAACAUUUUAGAGAGGCUCGGUGUCGACUUCACUCUGCUUGAGGCGUACCCCGAAAUCGCGCCCCAGGUUGGAGCAAGCAUUGGCCUUUUGCCAAACGGGUUCCGUAUCCUCGACCAGAUACAGUGCUACGAGCCUAUUCGAGAGAUUGCGGGUGACUUUUAUCUGCAGGCGAGCUACCGUGAUGCGAACGGCAAGGCCACUACCACGCCUAGCAGCGACGUAACUCAUCAUCUGGAAGCACGACAGAUGCUCCUUCAAGUUCUUUAUGACAACCUCAAGCAGAAGAACAAAGUGAACCCAUCCAAGAGGGUCAACAAGAUCGAGCUAUCCGAAAAGGGAGUCACUGUCCAUACCACUGACGGCUCAAUCUAUGAGGGCGACAUAGUUGUCGGUGCAGACGGCAUACAUAGCACUGUCAGAAGCGAGAUGUGGCGUAUUGGUAUCAAAGAAAAUCCUGGGUAUUUCCCGCACGACGAGCAGUCAAGCCGUCAAAUCACGGCCUACAACGACGGCUGGAGUUACCUAAUCGUCGACGCGCCGGGCAAUCGCACGUACUGGUUUCUUUUCGAAGGUGUCGGCGAGACCAAGCGCGGCAAAGACAUACCCAGAUAUUCAAAGGAGGACACAGAGAAACUGGCUCUGGCUCACAUGUCGGAUCGAUUGUACGAGGAGGUGACGUUCGGCGACAUUUACAAGAAUAAGAUCAUGGCCACAUUAGUGCCUCUCGAGGAGUAUGUAUUCGAGAAAUGGCACUACAAGCGCAUCGUAUGCAUCGGAGACGCGAGUCACAAGAUCGACCCGGUUUCCGGCCAGGGAGGCAACGGCGCCAUAGAAGCGGCCGCGCUCCUUGGAAAUGCCAUUGCUGAGUUGCUUGAGAAGUAUCCGGAUGUUGACCAACUUUCCACUGAUUUGGUGGAGGGUGCCGUCGCCCAAGUUCACGCAAUCCGUUACCACCGAGCGAAGAAGCUGGUCUCCGAAGGCCACAACCUGCAGCAGAUUUUGACGGGCAGAUCGCCCUUCUCCAAAAUCGUAACGCAGUACCUGGUUCCUAUUCUGAAAGAGGACGGGUUCCUCAAUGUUGCACUCCCGAUCUUCAAAGCCGGCCCUCGAGUCGAGAAACUUGCAAUGCCCAAACGAGCUCGGCUUGUCCCCUUUGACGACGAACUCCCCGCAAAGCCCAUAACAGCGAGGGCCGUGUUGAGAGUGGCAACAAUUCUGUCUGCAGGGUCGUUUGCGGCACUGCUAUACCAGUCUGGUGGACUGGCCUACUUCUCCACGUUCAGGGAUGUUAUGCAGACGCAGACUAAGCUCUUCUUGGCUGCUGUUGCCGCCGGUUCGUCUGCAAGACUCUCGCCUUACGACGCCUCGAGACGAAGCCCAUUCCAUAGCCCCCACCUCGGUGUCGAUGGUCUGUUCUCCACCCUCACUCUAGGGCUCGUCGAAGGGCACCGCGUGGGUAACAGGCUUUCUGUUCUCCUCUGGUACGUAAAGUAA